AUGUACAUUGUUGUUCGGUCAUCAGCCGACACCAUGUCAUCCUCCGGCCCAUUCGUUGUCCACAAUGACGCGUUUCGCGCAAUGCUCGGUGAAGGGCCGACUCUGGAACUUCUAGCCGAGAAUGAUUCAUAUCCGUUCGCUCACGAAGCGGGUAUAUUCAUUGCCUCCCGCAAUGAACUCUUCAUAACGAGCAAUCGCAUCCAUGACGCAGUCGCCGGGCAACGAGUCCAAAUCAGCAGAGUCCACCUCGACAAGCCCAGCGCUUCAAGUCCGGUAACAUGUGAGGAAAUCUCGGUCCCGAUUCCAAUGGCCAAUGGCGGAGUCAACUACAAGGAUGGUAUUAUCGUCUGCGCGCAGGGGUCAAUGGAUGCGCCAAGCGGACUGUAUCAUAUGUCCAUCACGCCUCCAUAUUCGACGACACUCCUGAAAAGCGAUUUCCACGGCCGGCCGUUCAACUCCGUCAACGAUGUUAUUGUCCACAGCGAUGGCACCAUCUGGUUCACCGACCCAAUUUAUGGGUAUGAGCAGGGGUAUCGACCUGCGCCUAGGCUCCCGAAUCAGGUCUAUCGAUUCAAUCCAGUUGACGGGAGCAUUCGCGCUAUGGCGGAUGGGUUUGGGAGACCGAAUGGCAUCUGUUUCUCGCCAGAUGAGAAGGUUGUCUAUGUAACCGACACAGAUUGGAUCCAUGGAGAUGGAACGAGCGAUGACACCAGACCAUCAUCAAUCUAUGCAUUCGACGUCGUGUUAUACCAUGGUCAACCAUUCCUCACGAAUCGCCGCUUAUUCGCUAUGGCCGACAGCGCAAUACCCGACGGGAUCAAGACGGAUUUGAAAGGAAAUGUCUAUAGUGGCUGCGGAGACGGAGUCAAUGUCUGGUCGCCUGGGGGAGAACUUCUUGGGCGGAUUUUGGUCGAAGGAGGCGUUGCGAACUUUUGCUUUGGGAGGAAUGGAGAAAUGUUUCUGUUGAAUGAGAGUCGGCUGUGGAAAGCGAGCUUGAAAGGCGCUGUCAAAGGGGCACUCCUUGGCAUCUAG